AUGUCCAACGCACGGAUGAGUGACAAGGAGCUGGCUCAGAUCAACGCUGCGGCGGCGGUGAGGGAAUAUGAUAUCAACCCGAGGAUGGACUAUCGAACGGUCGCGGCGGUCAAUGGCCCCUUGGUCGUCCUCGAUAAUGUCUCGUUCCCGUCGUACAAUGAAAUCGUCCAGCUCACCUUGCCUGAUGGGUCCAUCCGCGGAGGUCAGGUGCUAGAAGUCAGCGGGAAGAAAGCUAUUGUCCAGGUGUUUGAGGGUACCACAGGUGUCGAUACAUCUGCUACUCGAAUUUCAUUCUCCGGAUCGUCUAUGAAGCUCGCCGUCUCGGAGGAUAUGCUUGGUCGAGUCUUCAACGGAAGUGGAAACCCGAUCGACAAGGGACCAAAAGUCUGGGCCGAGGAUUACCUCGAUAUCAACGGCUCGCCUAUCAACCCUUAUUCCCGUAUCUACCCUGAAGAAAUGAUCCAAACUGGUAUCUCAACCAUCGACACCAUGAACUCUAUCGCUCGAGGUCAGAAGAUCCCCAUCUUCAGUGCUGCGGGUCUCCCCCACAAUGAAAUCGCCGCCCAGAUCUGUCGUCAAGCUGGUCUCGUCACCCGGCCAGGAGCCACAAAGGGUGUGCACGAUGGCCACGAGGACAACUUCUCUAUCGUCUUCGCGGCUAUGGGUGCCAACAUGGAGACGGCCAGGUUCUUCAAGCAAGACUUUGAAGAGAGUGGAAGUAUCUCAAACAGUACUUUAUUCGUCAACUUGGCUUCGGACCCAACGAUUGAACGUAUCAUCACGCCUCGAUUGGCCUUGACCACUGCGGAAUACUUUGCCUACCAGUUGGAGAAGCACGUCUUGGUUGUCAUGACGGACAUGUCUUCAUAUGCCGAUGCGUUGCGAGAAGUCUCAGCGGCUAGAGAAGAAGUUCCUGGUCGACGAGGUUACCCAGGUUACCUGUAUACCGAUUUAUCGACACUGUAUGAACGUGCAGGACGAGUGGAGGGUAGGAAUGGAUCCAUCACACAGAUCCCUAUCUUGACCAUGCCGAACGAUGAUAUCACCCAUCCUAUUCCCGAUCUGACUGGAUACAUCACUGAGGGCCAAAUUUAUGUGGACCGACAGUUGUCCAAUAGACAAAUCUACCCACCUAUCAAUGUACUCCCGUCUCUGUCUCGUCUGAUGAAGAGUGCCAUUGGAGAGGGAAUGACUCGAAAGGAUCACGGAGAUGUGUCGAACCAAUUGUACGCCAAAUAUGCCGUCGGGAAGGACGCAGCGUCCAUGAAGGCCGUCGUCGGAGAGGAAGCCCUUUCAGCCGAUGACAAGUUGGCAUUGGAGUUCCUCGAGAGAUUCGAAAAGGAAUUCGUCGGACAAGGCGCUUAUGAACCUCGAUCCAUCUUCGAUUCCUUGGAUAUCGCGUGGGACCUAUUGCGUAUCUUCCCUAAAGAGUCGCUCAACAGAAUCAACCCAAAGAUUCUCGCGGAAUUCUACUCACGCAAGUCCAAAGAGGACAAGGCGGACAAGGAGGAUAAGAAGGACAAGACGGAGAACCUCAUAGAUGCUUAG